AUGAGCUCCUGCGCCGACGUCGCCAAGGACCCCGAGGCCCCGUGGCCGCCCGCGCCGCGCUCCUGCGCCCGCCGCCGGCUCUGGCAGGUCCUGGGCGCCGCGGGGCUGCUGCUGGCGGCCGUCGCCCUGGGCGCGGGGAUCGGGCUAGCGGUCGGCAAAGCCGCCGCGUCCGGCCCGGGGAGCCCCGGGGGCCUCCUCAACACCCUGACGGGAUCCACCGAGGAGCCGCAGGACCCGGCGCCGAUUGUGACCCCGACGGCCAGGCUGCUGGCCCAAGACGUGAUCUUGAAAAAUGGGACCCUGAGCUGGUACAGCGAGAAGGGGAUGGCGGAUGUGCUCCUGCUCCCCGGCCUGACCUAUGACAAGCGCAGGAAGGAGCUGGUGGUGGCGAAGGCUGGACGCUACCAGGUCUGCCUGUACCUGGAACUGAGUCACAUACUGCCGGACUCCCGGGUCUCUGGGAGGGUCUCACUGGCCCUGCACCUGGAGCCACCCCAAAUUGGGGUCACUGCCCAAAGUGUGGCUGUGAAGCUGAAGCCCUCCUCCCCCAACGCAGUCGGAGAUUAUCACUGCCAGUGGCUGCAGAUGCCUGACAAUCAGCGACUCAGUGUCCACCUCAGCGCCUAUCUGCCUACUGAGGCCGGCGAGUACCAGGCCUGGCAGCUAGCCCAGACUGCCACCAAGCUAGAGCUCUUCCAGAUGGCCGUCGAAGUCCCAGACUGACUCCCUUCCGCAUGAUGCCUGUUGUGGUACUGCUCGCCUGUCCUUCCUUUCUUGUGGCCUCUGGUGCUAGGACAGGGUGCUCUACCUCAUGGGUUGGGCAGAGGUCCCUACACUGACCUCUCCUCUCCAGGACUCUCCCCACCCCCACGUAUUUAUUCUCAGAAAGUCUACUUUAUAAUAAUACAUUGUAUUGCACUUAUAUUUAUUGAGCACUUACCGUGUGCCAGGAAGGUGCUACAAAACCAUCAGAGAAAACAGACCCCAAGUAAAGUUUUAUUUAUGUUAAUAUGGGAGAUGUGUAUCCUCCCACCCCCAUUGUGGAUCUAAACUUUUCUCUAGAAAAUGUGCACCUGGCA